AUCUAUGAAGGGUUUGAAAUAUUUUGUUUACUAGUGGGUACUAAGUAUUUACCAAUGAGUGUUUGACAGUGAAUUUUAUAUUGAAAAGUUGUUCGUUAGAGGUUGUAUUUUAGUGUUUUGUGAAGUGUGAUGUUAGGUACUUAGGAUGCGGUGGAGUUGGCUCUGGCUGGCUGUGCUGGUGGCGGCUGUCACUGCCAAGGGGAAGAAACAUCGCCAUAAUAAGCCUGGUCGCGCUCUCCUAGACCGGCUGUCUAGUACGACUGUGGGCGAGGUGCUCACGAGCGGAGCGGCUAACGGGCUGGUCCCCGCUCCGCUGGAUGUGGCACCCUACUCCACUGUGACAGCCAACGCCACCUGCGGCGAUGCCGGUGCUGAGGAGUACUGCCGAGACACACCAGGAAAGCGUGGUGUGGUGUGUGACGUGUGCGAGGGGGACGGUGGGCCGGCGCGGCGGCGGCACCCGGCAGCGCACGCGCAUGACGGCGACCCCGCCACCUGGUGGCAGAGCCCCACGCUCGCGGCUGGAGACUACCAGCACGUCGAACUGCUCACUACAUUACCUGACAAAAUGGAGCUACUUCAUGUAAUCAUCAAGUCAGGGCCGUCUCCCCGCCCCUUGGCCUGGUCCCUGGAGGUCUCUCCCUCAGAGGAGGGCGACGACUGGAGAAUGGUGCGGGCCUUCGGAGACAGGGACCACUGCCGUAAACUCUGGGACCUUAGGCCCGAGAGACGCCGCCGCAAGGCGAGGGCAGCGAAGAGAAUCAACAGAGCUGAUAAACCUGCCUGUUCCACACAGUUUGCUAGCCCGAGACCGUUGGAGAAUGGGGAGAUGCACGUGGGUAUAGGCGAGGGAGUGCUAGCGCGGCGCGUGCGACUCUCGUUCCGCGCUACGCAUGCGGGCCCCGCACGCCAGCAGUACUACACCGUGCGGGCGUUGACGAUAGCCGCGCGGUGUCUGUGCCACGGACACGCUACUAAGUGCCAUGUUAAUGCUAAGGGUGCAAAAUGCGAGUGUGUCCACGGCACGUGCGGGGCCCACUGCCAGCGGUGCUGCAGCGGCGGGGCCUGGGCCCCUCAGGAGCCGUGCUCUGAGGGCAGCAGCGAGUGCGAGUGUGGAGAGCGAGGGGCCUGCUCCUAUGACGAUACAGGGGCCAUCUUGUGUGUUAAUUGCACGGAGAAUCGAGCUGGGCCCCUUUGCGACAAAUGCCUGUUUGGGUUUUACAACGCGUUGCCUGAUGGUCCGUGCCUACCUUGCGACUGUGAUCCUCAGGGAUCCGAUGGCUCGUGCGCAUGGGACAAGAAGCUCCGUCAAGCGACAUGCGAGUGCCUCCCCGGGUAUACCGGCGCACGAUGCGAUGCGUGCGAUACGGCGGCGCAGUUCCCCGCGUGCCAGGCGCCCGCGCCCACCGCGCCGCCCUGCAAGUGCGACCCGCGCGGGGUGCUGGAUCCGGAGCGAGUGUGCGAUGAUGUCUGCGAGUGUAAGAGCAACGUGGUAGGCGAGCGAUGCGACACAUGUGCCCCGGGACACUUCGGUCUGAGCGCGGAGCUGGCGGCGGGCUGCCGACCCUGCUACUGCUCGCACAUCACUGACUCCUGCAGGCUGGCUGACCCUGACGAGCUGGAGCCGCCUAGAGAUGUUAUUCUACCCCUCGGAGAGGCGUGGCUCAUCUCUGACUCUGAAGGCAACGCGACGAUAGAGCCCUCUAUCGACGAGCAAGGGAAACCAUUCGUCAUCAGCUAUGAGGUAGAAGGGUGGGAGAACUUCUACUGGUUCACUCGCUCGUUCAGCGGCGAGCAGCUGGCGGCCUACGGGGGCGAAGUCCGGGCCUCCGUGUACUGGGGCAUCGUUAGAGGAGACACCGGGGGCAACCCUACCUUCGGCCCUGAUGUCGUACUUGUUGGCACUGAUGGCAGUAUGUUAGCAUACACGAACACCAGUCACGAAACUCCUGGGCAGCUGCAGAUAUCAGUGCCUCUUCUGGAAGGGGGUUGGCGACUCCUGGGCGAAGACCAGCUGGCUACCAGGACACAGCUGAUGGAUGUGCUGCGAGACCUGAAGGGAAUUAUGCUGAAGGCGCAUUAUCAUUUUGAUCAGGACGAGGUCCGACUAGAGUCAGCAGGUGUCCGCGGCGGCUCAGUCCCCCGCGAGCGCUGCGCGUGCGGACGAGCACAUGCCGGCGCGCACUGCCAGCGCUGCGCCUGGACACACGCGCGGCUGCCACGACCUGCGGGUACUACGCCUAACUUCGACUGCCUGCCCUGCGCCUGUAAUGAUCAUGCUGGAUGUGAUACUGUGGAUGGGCCAUGCGGCCCAUGUCAGCACAACACUACGGGUCCGCGCUGCGAACGCUGUCUCCCGGGACACUACGGGAAUCCUGUACAGGGAGCAUGCAAGCCUUGCGCAUGUCCUCUGUUCGAGGCGAGUAACAACUUCAGUCCGAACUGCGCGCUCGCCAGCGCUCACGGCGACGAGUACGUCUGCACACAGUGUCCCGACGGCUACACCGGCGACCAUUGCGAGAACUGUGACUUCGGGUACUGGGGUUCCCCCACGACCCCCGGGGGCCGGUGCGUGGCGUGCUCGUGCGGCGGGUCCCCGUGCCACGCCAGCACGGGCCGCUGCCUCACGUGCCCGCCGCACAGCGAGGGAGCCCGCUGUGACUUGUGCAAGGAAGGCUACUGGUUCGGCGGCAGUACAAGCAACACGAGCACAAGUAACUCGAGCGUGGCUGUGUCGUGCGUGUCGUGCGCGUGCGGCGCGGGCGCGCUGUCGGGCGCCUGCGACGCGCGCUCCGGCCACUGCGCCUGCCGCGCCGGCUGGGCCGGCCGGGCCUGUGAUACCUGUCUGCAAGGAUAUGGAGGCAUAUCAGCGGGUUGUCCAGCCUGCCGCUGCGGUACCGCAGCACUAAACACAACGUGCGACGCGGUAACGGGGGAGUGCGCAUGCGCGCCGGGCGCCGCGCCGCCAUCUUGCGAUAUCUGCCUCGAUGAACAUUACGGACUCAACGCGACUGGCUGCUUGGGCUGCAACUGUUCGUCGAUAGGUUCGGAGAGCAACGUGUGCGACAUAAGGACGGGACAGUGCCGAUGCAAGCAACACGUUACCGGCAGGGCUUGUGAUACAUGCGAGGAAGGUUACUGGGGCCUAAAACUGGGUGGUUGUCGGCGCUGCGCGUGCGGCCCGGGUGCGUCGGCCUGCGACCCGGAGACCGGCGCCUGCGCGUGCGCCGACGGAGUGGGCGGCGCGCACUGUGAUACAUGCCUCUCUGGGUACUAUGGGUUCGGACCUGCUGGCUGUUUACCAUGUCCAAGCUGCUCAGACGGCAAGGUGUGCUCGCCGCACAGCGGGCGCUGCGUGUGCCCGGGCGGGUCCAUGGGUGCAGGGUGCAGGCAGUGCGCGCGCGGCUACUGGGCCGUCGGCAAUACUUGCCGGCCCUGCAGCUGUGGAGCUGGGGCUGUGUCUAACAUAUGCGACGGUCACACAGGGGAAUGCAAGUGCCGCGCGGGCUGGGCGGGCGGCACUUGCGAGCAGUGCGCGCCGGGGCACUACGGGCCGAAGUGCCGCCCGUGUCAGUGCCACGCGCCCGGCACGAGGGACUGUGACGACGGGCUGUGUCCUUGUGACGAGUGGGGACGCUGUCAUUGUAAGGAAAACGUAGUAGGCGAGAAAUGCGACGCCUGUCUCACGGGUACAUUCGGUCUAUCCGCUCACAACCCAUCGGGCUGCACCGCGUGCUUCUGCUUCGGACGCGCGGCCGCGUGUACACAGGCGACGCUGUCCCGCGCCGCGCUGCAUGCCGCCGCGCCGCUGCAUGUCACGCUGCAGCGCCCGGCACAGGAUGUCAUCACUACGAUGGACCAAGACUCCCUCCUCGCCAUCCACACACACACGCCGGACCCCACAAUCACCCUCCCCUGGCCCCCGGUCCCCGUAUACGUAGAACUAGACAAGCGGUUCGUGGGGGAUCGCGUGACGUCAUACGGGGGGUCAUUGCGGUUCCGUGUCGAAGAAGAAGGGGGGGUGGAGCUCAGUCAUGACGUCAUCAAGAGGUUCCCGCUCGUCAGGUUGUACACGAAGAGUAUUGUGUUGGAGUAUUUUGAGACAAAUCCCGGAAUAAACGGUAGCCACUCGGUCCGCCUGCACGAGUCGCUGUGGCACGUGCGUGGCGGCGGGCGCGCGUCGCGCUCGGCGCUGAUGCUGGCGCUGCGCGCGCUGGACAAGCUGCUCAUCCGCCUCACCACGCGCGCGCCCACCAGGACCGAGCACGUGCAUGCGCUGCUUCUAAACGUAUCCCUGGACACAGCCAUCCCGGGCCUCAGUCGUUCCGAGCCAGCGUUAGGCGUGGAACUGUGCGACUGUCCCCGGGGCUACUCCGCCAGCUCGUGCCAGACGCCAGCCCCGGGCUACUGGCUGCCAGCCCCGGCUGUCCACAUGGCUACGGUGGCUGGCACUAUCGUCAUCAGCUUGGAGGGGGACGCCCAGCCUUGUAUGUGUAAUGGCAGGGCGACGGAGUGCCAUCCUGAGACUGGGGAGUGUUUGAACUGCACUAUGGGCACGGGCGGGCCCCGCUGUGCGUCGUGCGCGGCGGGACACUACGGGUCCCCGGGGGCCCCGGGCGGGUGCCAGGCGUGCCCGUGUCCCGAGAGAGCGCGUAACUUCGCCGACGCGUGCGUCGUGCAUCAUGGGAAGGUGCAGUGUUUGUGUAAACCUGGCUACACAGGGCCGGAGUGCGCCUCGUGCGCUGGCGGGUACCGGCGCGCGGGCGGCGCGUGCGUGUCGUGCGGCUGCCACGCGGCCGGCAGUCACUCGCCGCACUGCGACGCGGCCGGACGCUGCCGCUGCCGAGACUUCGCGACUGGCGCGCGGUGCGACCAGUGCAGGCCGUAUAGAACGUACAUGGAUGAAGAUGGCUGUAGACCGUGUGACAACUGCACACUAACACUCCUCGAUUCAGUCGAGGCCCUAACCUCAGAGUUACGCACCAAAGCCGACCCAACAGAACUGUCACGCAUACCAAAACCUUUCGCCGCCCUCCGAGAGUUCUCCCACAACACCACCACACUCCAAUCUAGUCUCAACCAUCUAAAGAAUAAUCUAGAACAUUCCAAAAACUUAGAAGAUAGACUUGGACAGUUAGAAGAUAUGGAACAUAGGGUCUUUACUGAGGCUAAUGCCUUGAAAUCUGAAGCUAAACGACGGGAGAAAGAGGCUGAUUACUUGAGCCUGGAGAGUAUGAGUGCUUUGGAAGAGGUUCUGAAGAUCAGGAGACAGAUCAGUGAGCAGGUGGAAGCAUUAGAUGAGUUUGCGAGAGGAGAGAAGCAUCUGAGUGCGCACAGAGCGCUGAAGGAGGCGAAACAUUUGUUGAGGCAGAUUAAGGACUUGAAGCUGAUUGAUUACGUGACGGGGGCUAAUGAUGUAUUUGACGCGGCACAUCUCCAAUCGACAUCAGUUCAGGAACGCAACUACCGUCUCCAAGAUACAUACCGCCGCCUCUCCUCACUCCGGUCAGCGCUCGACACCUGGGAGCUGAAGGCUGCUGACCUUCAGAAGCUGGCGGAAACCGUGUGGAAGGCUGAUGAUACCGUGACGGCCUUGAAGGAGAGGGUGAAGCCACGGCUGGCUGCUGUCAGGGAUAUUGGGUUGAGGUGCCGGCUUGUGUUGGAGGACAUAACAACGCUAUCAGCGAACAACAUUACCGAUGAGAUCCGCUCGUCCCUCCUGCAAGCGCAGACCCUGGGCAUCAAGUUCCCGACACUGGCGGCUGAGCUGGCAGUCCUGACCCUGGCUGCGGAGGAGAAGGAGGGCAUUCUGUAUAAUCUGACGCCAGUUUAUAAACAGAAGUAUCUGGAAGCUGUUGAGAAACAUGUCACGGAGUUGGGGGUUAAAGCCAAAGAAUAUAAAAGCCUGUUCGCGGGCAGUCGCGCCGCAGCAUCGCUGGGAGUAUCAGCAGCUCAGGCGUGGUCCCACGUGGCGACGCAAGUGAAGGAAGCUGCCGCCGCAGCCGACGCGGCCAGCAAGGCGGCGGCCGCAGCCACGUCGCUGGCACAGGGCAACGUGCCCAUGGCGCAUAGUGCUGCUAAGGGCAAGAAUACCUCUGAGGAUUUGAAGAAGAGGGGCGCUGCUGUGCUGGCUAAGGCUGAUGAACUACGCAGCCAACUAGAACACCUCCGCCGCGGUGCUGACGUGGUCAGCGUAGUACUCCGCGGUCUCGGCUGGCAGGAGCGCGAGCUCAGCGGCCGGCCCCGCGCCACCGUACUCCCAACCCUCACGGCCGCCAACGACCAGGCCGACCGGGUGUUCGCCAGCACCAGGGUCCUGUAUGAUGAGGCCAGUGAGCUGAGGAGGAGGGUGCGGUACCAUCUGAGGAGACAGCUGACGGAGUUGCAAAGACAUGGGGACACGGCGUUAGGAGCUGCGCAGGAGCAUGUAUCCCAAAUCCGCGGCAACACAGUCCGCGGUGCUGAGACGGCCGCGGCACUGGCGGCGGCGGCGGCUGCCCGCGCCCGCCAGCACGCUGCUGCCAGCGCCACACUCGCGCCCGCGCUGCUGGCGCUGCAGCACCAGGUGGAGAGAGCCAGGCAUGCCGCUCAUACGAUCUCAGUAUCACUGACAUCCCCCCCGCUGUCGGCGGCGGGCUGCGCGCGCGCAUACGCGGUGUGGGCGGCGUCGCCCGCCGUGUCGCGGCUCGCGCUCGCGCUGUCCUUCGACGGCAAGAUGUCGGACGGACCGCUGCUGUACCUCAGUGAUGAUACACAGGAAACAGAGAGAUACAUGAAGCUGUCAGUCGCGAACAGCAAGCUGCGGCUGGCGUGGCAGCUGGGGGCGGGCGAGGCCGUCAUCCUGCACCCCGAGCUGCUGCAGGCCACGCACGACGACGCAGACCACACCACUUACAGGGUCGAUAUAGAACGAGUAUGGAACACAGUACACCUUCGCGUCGAGCGUCUCGGCAGCACCUCUACAGCCAACAGCCUGACCUCCGCUUCGAACUCCAGCGCUGCCUCCGCGGGUAGCCUGCAGCCGUCACAGCUGUGGCUGGGCUGGCCCGGCGGCGGCGCCGGCUUGCCAGCUUGCGUACAUGCGCUGUAUACUGAUGAUAGGACUGUGGGGCUGUGGAACUUUGUUCAGCAGCCGAAGGAGGCCCAGUGUACGGGAUGUACGCAGAGAUGGUACAGCGGCCGAGGCGACGAGCCCUCCAUGGUGUGGUUCAACGGCGCGGGCUACGUGGAGCUGGUCCGCUCCCGCGCCCGCCCCGCCGACCGGAGGCAGUUCAGCGUCGCCUUCACCUUCCGCACCAGGGACGAGGAUGCGCUGCUCUUCAUGGCGCUCGAUACUGCUAAUAACCGUUCAGUGUCAGUCACACUCCGCGAGUGUCGGGUAGUGUUCACGGUGGAGUACGGCGGGUCGCGGCUGCAGAUCACGGCGGCGGGGCGCCACUGCGGCGGCAGGCCCGCGCAUGUGCAGGCCAUCAGGGUGUUCGCCAGCAACAAGCUGGAGAAAGGCAGCCUGCGCGUGAACGGCGAGGAGACGCUGGGGUCCCCCGCGCCGCCCGUGCAGGCCCCCGCAGCUCUGCCUGACCUCGCGGCCGCGCGCUACUGGCUCGGCGGCGCGCCGCCCGGGGCCCCGGGGCCCGCGCCGCGCCCGCUGCUGGGCUGCGUCGGCGCCGUCACCGUCGACAGGGCGGGCUAUGAUCUCAUGGAUGCACCCACGAGGUUUGGAGUUGAACCACGCUGUGGGGAGAGGACGCUCCGCUCAGCCAUCCUCAAAGGCACAGGUUACAUCGAGCUACCAUCCCCCCUCAUCCGUCGCAAGGCCUCUCUGGGCAUCUCCUUCAGGACCCACACUCCAGACGGGCUGCUGCUGUACCGGCCACCGGCUGCUGACAACGAGCUCGCUGAUGAUGGAGACAAACAUUACUUCGCGCUGGUGAUGAAAGCUGGAGAAUUAGAACUGGUAGCAGAUGCUGGUAAAGGCGAGAUGCGGUUGCGAACCAACGGUACCAGGUUCAAUGAUGGGAGGUUGCAUACUGUCAGGAUUAUUAGGAUGCAUAAACAGCUAGAACUAUGGGUGGAUGAGGAGCAACUGGGCAGCGGUUUGCUCCCGGGCAGCGCCUUCCCCGCGAGACCUGCUGGCAUGUUCCUCGGGGGAGUCAGGGAGACUCUCCAAGCGGCGGUCCCACUUGCUGCUUUUAAAGGAACCUUGGCGGAUUUUAUUGUUGAUGCUCAGCUAAUAGGUCUUCAGACGGCAAUAUCGUGGAGUGGGGCAGCCCUGGGCCGCGCGGACGGCUCGCAUACGCGGCCGCCUCGCGCCGAGCCACGAGCGCUGCACCAGCAGCCUGACCAUGCUGGCUGUACCAAGACAUCAUCGUACACAGUAGAAGCCGGCGCAGUGAAGUUCGGCGACACAGCACACAGCCACGCGCACCUGCGCCUGCCUCGCUCCCCCGCGCGGCGCCGCGACCUGACGCUGUCGCUGCAGAUACGCACCUUCGCCAGCGACGGCCUGCUGCUGCUGGCGCCGGGUUCUAAAGGAAAACCAAAGCAGUUCAUGGCGCUGGUGCUUCGCGAGAGCAAGCUGCGGCUGGUGGUGCGCAACCGCAAGCGCAAGGAGAUCGCACUCGCCGCCAACGUCAGCGACGGCAACUGGAGACAGGUAUCAAUCCGCGUGUCCCGUAACCGCGUGCAGCUAUCGUCAGAGGGCGCUGCGGUAACAACCCACACGCAGGCGGCUGCGCGCGCGCAUCGACUGUAUGUGGGCGGGUUGCCUGCACCGCCAGCGCUGCCUCAUCUGCCUAACUGGAUAACCCUGGUGCGUGGUUUCCUGGGUUGCAUCCGCCGCGUGUCGGUGAACGGUCGCGCGGAGGACCUGGUGCGCGACGCGCAGGCGCACCACGGCGUGGGGCAGUGCUUCCCCAACGUCGAGCGGGCUGCUUACUUCGGAGGCGAUGCGUACGCGACGUGGUCCAGCUCGUGGCAGCUGGCGGCGGGCGCGGAGGAGCUGCGCCUGCAGUUCCGCACCAGCGAGCCCGACGGCGUGCUGCUGGCGGCCGCAGGGCUGCUGCUGGAGAUCAAGGAUGGCGCCGUGAGUAUACUGCCGCGUACACUCGUGCUCUACGAGGAGCUGCGCCUGCAGUUCCGCACCAGCGAGCCCGACGGCGUGCUGCUGGCGGCCGCAGGGCUGCUGCUGGAGAUCAAGGAUGGCGCCGUGAGUAUACUGCCGCUAUACUGCCGCGUACACUCGUGCUCUAGCGAGGAGCUGCGCCUGCAGUUCCGCACCAGCGAGCCCGACGGCGUGCUGCUGGCGGCCGCAGGGCUGCUGCUGGAGAUCAAGGAUGGCGCCGUGGUGCUAUCCCGCUCGUCGGGCGGCUCAGAACGCUCCCGCAUCGCAUGGCGCGCGGCGGGCGGCGGCGCGUGCGACGGCGCGUGGCACUCCGUGCGCGCGCGCCUGCGCCCCGCACUCGCGCUGCAGCUGGACGACAACGAGCUGCUGCGAGACUCGCCACCUACUGCCCUGCUUGACGCGCCUGAUGCACCGCCCCCUACACAGUUGUACAUCGCUGGACUGCCUGAAGGUGUAAUGGAGACCACGGACGGCGGCAAAAACUUCAACGGCUGCAUCCGAGACGUCGUAAUAGGAGGACAGAAGAAAGACUGGAAAGAAAUGGAGUCACUUCACAACGUCCUACUGGACUCCUGUCCCAUACCACAGUAGACCUUAUGCCACAGGUUAUAAGGUUCAAAUUCAAAUGUAACGAACAAUAUGCUUCGUUCACUCAGUGCCAUGUUUAGCCUAGCGUGGGCCGAGACUUGUACUUAUGAAAUUAAUAGAAAAUCGAUUAAGAUUACUGCCAAAAUAAUGGCGACAAUGUCUGAUCGAUUUGGUUAUAAGCCAAUGUUCUUUUAACAUCAUACAUUGUUGUGACUUACUUGCCUCUACCAUUCUUUAUACUUAAUCGAAUGUACUUAUGCCAAUAAAGAAAAACUAAUAUGGGCCAAUUACAUGAAAAAGCAAUCGACUUAUUUCUCUUAACGGCCAAAGAGUACAAAGGGGAAACCGUGUGUGCGAUUCCUAAACAGAAUGUAAUAGUCUGCAAUGUGCCUUAUAUUGUGUAGUCUGUACCAAAAAGUGCCAUUACUAUAAUAAUUUUAUACAAGUUAGUGCUGAUCCAUAGAUCUGUUCCAAUCGAAUACCUAUCGAUAAAAUUGAAAACAGAACUCUCAAACUAUCGAUAUUUUAUUUUUCAUAUUUUGCCUCGAUUUAUAAUAAUCACAUUUCAGACAGUGAGGCUUUUUACGAGGCUAUGUAAAUAUGUUAGAAUACACAACUCUAGCGCAAAUACUCCUGUAAAUAGAGUACUUAAUAUUUCCACCAGUAUUCUUAUGAUAAAUGUACAUAAUAAUUUAGUUUAUUUUUCUUUAAUUUUGUUAUAAUUAACUUAGGAUAGAGCACGGAGUAAAUUUUAAAGAGAUGCGAUCAGAGAGCCAAUUAAAAAAUCGUGUUUCAAAAAUACUUUUAUUCGAUUUUAGAACCUCCUCUUUUUUGUUAAAUGGAUUAAGUGAAGCCAUCUUUACUCCAUGGCCAAAUACAAACGACAAAAAGUUGUUGAAAUCAAAAUGAUUAUUAUUGUUGAAGGAAAGAUGCAUUUAAAUAAUAGUCAUUAGUGUAAUCUAGGCAUUUAUGUGCUGUAGGAAUUGCUAUUUGUAAAUGAACAGCUAUAUUUUCUAAAACUUUUUGGACACUAGGAUUGUUUAUCUAACCUGAUUGACAUUUGUUGGUAAACUGUGUUUUGUUGUUUUACACAAGAAGAAAUGUAUAAAUUAUAUUAUUGACGCCAGAAUAAUGUUACAUUAAAUAAUUGUAUUGUUUGAUUGUAUUUUCAUCUGACCAAAAUACCAAAUUGUUAUUUAACAUUGUUUUAUUAUGAAAUUUAUAAUUCGAUUGCUGUCUUUUCGGCAUACACUUUUCAUAAGAUGUGUGCGUUGAAGUUGCGAGCACUUUAUGUUCAAUCAAAUAAUAAUGUAGUAUUGUAAAUAAAUAAAUAGGGAUCAGCUUUAAUAGUUAAAAAGAGCGAUUCAUUGUCACAAAAAUAAUUUAUUUAAGAAUCAAGUGUUCAGUAGAAUAUAAUUGUACAUAAUUAGUUUGGUCGAUGUAUAUAAAAUACGUAUUUAUUAUACCUGCUUUUCAGAGGAGAAAUAAAAGUCGACUGUGGCAAUAAAAAACA